AACGUGGUAGCAUAAUUACAUUAAUUUUGACUCUCCAAUUAUAUACAUUCUACUAUAUAUAUCUCUUACUUUAUAAAAAUUUUCUUAAGAACCCAACAAGAAAAACAAAUGGAUCUUAAUUUUGGUUUUUGUGUACUGCUCUCCUUAAUUUUGCUGGUUGCUUGUGGAACAAAAGCUAGGAAAAUAGUUGAAGGAAAUGCUGAAUCUCUCUUUAUUUCACAAGACAAUCAUCAAGAAGCAUUAAAAGCAAUUUAUGGUUCCGAAUAUAAAUUUAAACAGGGAGCUGAAGACAAAUACCAACAAGAGAUAUCUGGUUUGAAUGUCCCUAUUCUUUAUAAAUAUCACAAGCUCUAUGGGUAUGCCAAGGGAGCUGAAGACAUACAUCAACCAGAGAUUUCUCCUUCUGUAAGAUCACUUUUCUUUCUUAUGGAUGAUCUAAAGAUAGGGAAAACAAUAACAAAUCCCUCCUUUCUACAUCGUGCUUCCAUGCAAUACUUUCCCCAAAAAGCAACCGAUUCCAUUCCAUUUUUACUGAAGGAACUCCCAAACCUUCUUCAACGUUUCUCCUUAUCUAAAAACUCUCCACAUGCAAAACCCAUGAUAGAUGCAUUGAAAGACUGUGAAUCAGAAUCACUCAUAAAGGGAGAGACAAGGUACUGUGCCACAUCCGCGGAGGCAAUGCUUGAUUUUGUUCAAGGAAUCAUGGGAGAUAACACCCAAAUCGAAGCUCUGUCCACCACAACUCAUUUCUCAGAGGAGCACUCAACUACUCCCCUCCAAAACUAUACUAUUUUGGAUGCUCAAGAAUUUACCCCUCCUAAGAUGGUGGCGUGUCAUUUGAUGCCUAGUAUUUACACCGUUUUCUACUGUCAUUCCACAGUUGGCAGUAAAGGAAAGGUGUUCAAGGUUUCAUUAGGGAAUAAAGCAAAGGGUGAUAGAGUGGAAACUAUGGCUUUAUGUCACUUUGAUACCUCUGAAUGGAGUCCAUCUCAUGUAUCUUUCCAAGUGCUCGGUAUAUUACCAGGAACAUCACCUGUCUGUCACUUCUUCACAUCUGGUAAUGACCUAGUGUGGGUUCCAAAAACAAUUGACGCCGGACAUGAAGUGCGCAGCUUGGAGGAGCGGAGCACCUAAGUGCUUGAUUGUAUCUGCUUAUGCUUAUGUUUGAUGCAUGCAACAUGUUAUCUAUUAUUGCUUAUGUUUGUAUCUGCUUUUUAUUUUUCCUCUAAAGCCGUUUUAAGUGUGGUUUGAUGUUAAAUAAAUAAAAUGUUACUUCCUCCGUU